GUUGGAGUAACCUGCUCCGGUCUGCGUCAACAGCCGCUCCGGUGGGUCCGUUUGUUUGCUUGUUGUCGGGUUGGUCCGGCUGCUGUCCGAGCACAGGCCCGGUUAAGGACAAUCUUUACCUGUCGGGCUGUUUGCUGAGUCACUCAUAAACCGUCCGGGUUUUCACUUACUCUUUGUCUGAGUGUCUGACUGACUACAAAGCCUCCAUCGAUCCUCCCAGCCUCUUCAUCUACAGCUGCACCAUGAGUGUAUGAUGUCUGAGAGCAGCUGCUAUGGCCUGCAGCAGCGGUCAGAGCAAUGCCGAAACUCUGGAGGGGUUCCAUGAGGUGAACUUGGCCUCGCCCACCACACCUGACCUUCAGAACCAAGCGGAGCAGCGCCCCCCUGCCCGUCACAGCACACCGCCCACCUCUCUGUACCGCACCCACUCUCUGGGAGCGCCCCCUCCUGGCCUCCCCACCUCCCUGCGGGCUGACCAGCUCCCCACGCAGCCGGUUUACUCCACACCACGGCACAGCCACAAUGGAAGUGUUCCAGGCCUGGAGGCUGAGUCCACCGAGGGCAACUUCCUGUCCGGAGAGGACGGGGAGGAGUGCAGCGCCCUGAGCGACAGCCUGUCGCGGCUUCGCAGCCCGUCGGUGAUGGAGGUCCGAGAGAAAGGAUACGAGAGGCUGAAGGAGGAGCUAGCCAAGGCCCAGAGGGAGCUGCUGUUGAAGGAUGAGGAGUGUGAGAGGUUGUCUAAAGUCAGAGACCAGCUCGGCCAGGAGCUGGAGGAGCUCACCGCCAGUCUCUUCCAGGAAGCCCACAAAAUGGUCAGAGAAGCCAACGUCAAACAGGCGAAUGCUGAAAAACAACUGAAAGAAGCUCUGGGCAAGAUCGACGUGCUCCAGGCAGAGGUCCAGGCCCUGAAGACGCUGGUGCUCUCCUCCCCCACCUCCCCCGUGGGCGAACUCCCCUCUGCAGGAGGAGGAGGAGUGAAGACCCCCUUCAGGAAGGGCCACAGCAGGAACAAGAGCACGUCCUCUGCCAUCCUGGGGACACAGCCCGACCCGUCGGCCACGCAGCCCAUCGUCCGGGAGUGUAGAGAGGUGGACAGUCAGCUGUUCAGCGAGUUCAAGGCCUGGAAGGAGGAGCCGACGCUCGAGCGGAGCUGCUGCUUCCUGGAGAGAGUUUACCGUGAGGACAUCUACCCCUGCCUCACUUUCAGCAAGAGCGAGCUGGGUUCAGCCAUCUUAGAAGCCGUGGAGCAGAACACGCUCAGUGUGGAGCCGGUCGGUUUCCAGCCGCUGCCUGUGGUCAAAGCCUCUGCGGUGGAGUGUGGAGGACCAAAAAAAUGUGCCCUCAGCGGUCAGACCAAAACCUGUAAGCACAGAAUCAAGUUUGGAGAUUCGUCCAACUAUUACUACGUGUCUCCCUACUGUAGAUACAGAAUCACAGCAGUGUGUAAUUUCUUCACCUACAUUCGCUACAUCCACCAAGGGCUGGUCAAACAGCAGGACGUGGAGCAGAUGUUCUGGGAGGUGAUGCAGCUCCGCAGGGAAAUGUCCUUCGCCAAGCUCGGCUACUACAAAGACCAGCUGUGAUGGACGGACGGACGUACAGACAGCUUCACCCUCCAAUCACAGCGGACCCCGCCCCGAAGUCCCGGUUCUGGUUUUCCUCCUCCUCAUCCGGUCAUUUCAGGAACCCCUCCCUCCUCUCCUGUCGUGUGAGUGUGUUUUUGUGUGUGAGCGAGAAUAACUGUGGUUGUUUUCAAUCAUCACAAAAGACUGAAGGACUGUGACGUCCGUUUUGGUCGGUUUCUGCUCAGUUUGAUUCCAGAACGUGUUAUUUCCUUUACUGAAACAUGUAAGUCUCCAUUAUAUAAAGACAACUGGCAUAAAAAGAGAAGUUAAAAUUGAUAUGUUAGCAUUUAAACUCAUCUGAUGAGCUUUGACCUGUGCUUUUUUCUCUCCCUGCUCAAAAGUAUAAUUAUGAAAAAAAUGUAAAAAAACAAUCAUUAAAUCAGAGUGUAACAGCUGCAAUAAGUCACUGAAGUUAAGAAAAUUUAUCACAUUACGGAGAAUUAGAGCCACUGUGAAGGACAGGAUCUGAGAUGUAGAAGGUUAAGUUAUGCUGGGAGAAUAAAACCAUAAAACAAGGACAAGAAUUUUACACAAAAUAUACAAGUCAAAAUUAAAAAAGUAAAGCUGUGAUUUUACAUUAUGAGUUUAAACUUAAAUGAAACAGAAAUAGAUUUGAUUUCUUAAAAAAAAACUUUAUAAAGCUUUAUUCUCGUUUCAUCACUUAUUCUUUUUCAUGUCUUUAUUCACUGAUUAGGAUUUUUUUCUUGUAAAAUUACAACUUACUUAUUCUUCAUAAUAUCACUUCAUUUGAAAAAUAUGACUUUUUCCCACAAAAUAACUUUACCCUGGAAAUAUUUUACUCAGUUAGGACUUUACAGUGGCUCUAAGACUCCGUCUAAACUAAAACCUGUUACAGUGACAAUCCUGCUGUAAAAGAGCAUCUGGUUUUAUGUGUAGUCAAGUUUCGAAGCUAAAACUAGGCCGUGCUUAAUCUUUGUUCAGAAAGUCAGACGUCUGCCUCAGAGAAAUAAGACGAGCGCCAGCUGAACGAUGACCAAUCAAUCAGUUAUUGUUUAAUGAAAGAGUGUGUGUGUUUAAGCUUAUAUUUAAUUGUAGUUAUGUUGAAGCAAAUGAUAAUGGCAGUCUUGGAAGUUUUUUCUACAGUUUAAAUAUUUCUCUGUUUGCAGGAAAAGAACAUUUUAUUUAUAAUUUCUUUAAGGGUUCAUGAUGUUAUUUUGUUGUCUGGUUGUUUUCAGGCGUUGAAGCUUCAGGACUUUGAUUAAAGGAAAAAAAACACCCACAUUUUCUGCUGUUAAACACUACGUGAUGUUCUGGAAUCUUUAGAUAC